AUGUGGAAUAAUAAUGCCAGUCCCCAACCCCCUCAGCAUCGCCAAAGCAGGGACCUCACUUUCUCCUUUGGCACAUCCUGCUUGUAUUUCUGGGGUUCUCUGGACUUGCUGCCCAAGGUGUGCAGGGAAGGGGACAUGCGUCUGGUUGGCGGAACAACCCCAGUGAGGGGGCGUGUGGAGAUCUUCUACGGUGGCCGGUGGGGAACAGUGUGCGACAACCAAUGGGAUGUGAACGACGCCAGCGUGGUCUGCCGAGCUCUGGGCUUCCCCUCUGCCAUCCAGGCUCCACCCAGAGCCACCUUUGGCCCAGGAGAGCCCACCCUGGACGCGGCCCCGUCGUGCUGGACGGGCUUGGAGGUGCUCGGUGACCGAGGACACGCUGGCCAGCUGCAAGGCCCUGAGGACGGGUGCUGGGUGAGCUGCACUCACGAGAAGGACGCCGGCGCGGUCUGGCGCCAACCCGUGAGCUUCCGCCAUUCCCGAGCUGCCGCCUCGUCUGGUCCCGCCCCCCGCGCUGGCUCCCGCGGGCCGCAGCAUCUCUGCCCACUGCUGGUGUCCCUCCUGUCGUCACCAGAAACCAGCUGCAAACGCAACCUUGACCUGUCCAACGAGCUGCCUAGAUAUUCUGGGGGCAGCUUUUCGACAGCGAGAAAGGAUUGUGACCUGCCCAUUCGUGUGGAAACGGCUGCUGGGCAGAAAGAGCUGAGCUUCUGCGCCCACAGGCUGGAGGCCAGCAGGACUCAGACACCCCAACUCUCCAUAGGUACCUGUACUCCCGGCAGACUGGAAGUGACCCUGACUUCCUUGAUGUGCUUCCACAAGCUGGCAUCAGCCUACCAGGCACCCCGGUUGCAGGCCUACUGCGGGAGCCUCUUUGGCAUCAUGCUACCGCAGACGCCCUCUUUCCAGACACCCCUAACCUCUAUGCGUUACGCCCUGGACUCACAGGACCCCGUGCUGGAGGGCGUCUGCGUGCGCUUCCUGGCCUGGAACUUCCAGGCCCUGAUAGAGGCCGAGGUGCCUCGAGUGCCAGCCAUGCUGCAGCGGGCCCUGCUGGGCCAGGAGCGAGCUGGUUUGUGCCCAGUGAGCUGACCCUGCUGCAGGCGCUGGACGCCUGAGCCAGGGCCCAGACACCCCCGGGCCCAGGAGAUGGCAGAGCUGCUGGGCCAGGUCCGCUUCCCCAUGAUGCAGCCCCAGAGCUCCUACCAGCUGCAGCGAGGCCUGGCGCUCUAUUGCCCCCACCAGGCACUGUUCCGGGCCAAGAUACUGCAGGCCUUGGAGUUCCACACGGUGCCGGCUCAGCUGCUGGCCCAGCACCAUGGCAUCAACCUCACCCAGGACACCUACCAGCCCCCGCUGUACACCGAGGCCGCUGGGGGUUCUCCAUCAGACCACACAGACCACCUGGAGAUUAGCCGCUACUACCAACGGUUUUCUCCUGCUCCACCAACGAGGUCCCAGCUCUCCGCUCUCAGUUCCCCGACCGCAGGCGGGCCGGACAUUGCCUUUGACAACAAAGCCCUGAUGCUGUGUGGGCCAGACCUCGUGGUUCACAUCUCCAGUGCUCAGGGCCAGAGGGUCCCCAUCCCUAACCCCUCGGGCACUGCCUUCCCCUGCCUACUGGGGGCGUCUCAUGCGGUUCACACGUGUUUGAUCCGCCCCUUCUAUGUCACCAAUGCCACGAGCCUCAGCUAG